UGUGCUGUGUCCCUGGGACACAGAGGAUCACCAAUCAACGGAAAGAGCCGAUGACGUCGGCUCUGUCAUGUGAUCAGCUGUGUCCAAUCACAGCUGAUCAUAUGGGACAUGUACACUGAUCAUCAGGGCACUGAUGAUCAGUGUGCCCUGAUGAUCUGUGUAGCCCCAUCAGUGCCACCUGUCAGUGUCCAUCAAUGCCACCUAUCAGUGCCCAUCAAUGCCACCUGCCAGUGCCCAUCAGUGCCACAUCAGUGCCACAUAUCAGUGCCUACCAGUGUACAUCAAUGCCACAUAUCAGUGCCCAUCUGAGCUGCCUUUCAGUGCCACCUAUCAGUGCCAGUCAGUGCCACCUAUCAGUGCCAGUCAGUGCCACCUAUCAGUGCCACCUAACAGUGCCACCUAACAGUGCCUCCUCAUCAGUGCCGCUUAUCAGU